UGAAAGGACCAAUGGGUGCUAAAUUUACCAUCUGCUGCUGUCGCUACUAUCUGAAACACAACAGAGAGGAGAAGAGUGCCAUUUUGCGUAUGCGCACUACCACAGCUUCCAGACAACCAGAGCUACUAUCCAGUGAGUCCAGCGACACUGACACAGAAGAAGAGAGCCUUUUUGGGCCACAGCCUUCAAAAUGGGGCCCAUGGAACAGCAAGCAGAGCCAGAGGAGUACUGCUGAUCCAUGGGCCAGCACAAACAGACACUGUGACCCUCCCAUCAGGCGAGGAUCGGACAGAGAGUUACAGGCUUUUAUCAACAUGAGAGACCAGGCUGACAAGGCUACAGAGGAAUGGGAGAAGCUGAAUUAUGACAUACACACUUUGCGCUAUGCAAGGCGAGAGGUCAGAUCUCGAUGGAAGAAAAUCUUGUUGCAGCUAGGGUAUCAGUGUGAGGUGGAUGCUUUGCUGUGUGUAAACAGACAGAGCCAGUUCAGUCGAGACCAGGAACAUCGCAACAGAGCCAACGAACUGUUGAAACAGCUGCUGGACCACACCUCGCUGUUCCCUCCUGGGACAGCGCCCCAGAACAGAUACCUCUAUGUCAUGGACUGCCUGCUGUCCCUGGACAGUGCUGAGGACUUUGUCAGAAUAGCCAAAGAAAAGUAUCCCAAGAAAUAACAUGGACAGACAGUGACAGAAAGAAGAGGACAUAACAGCUGAGAGGGAGGGUAAAGAAAAACGUUUCAAAUGCUGAGAGAUGCUGCACAAGUA